CGUAAAUCGUAAUAAGACUUUAGUAGUUUUACUUUAGUAUUUGAUUGUCACCGGUGUGUUUGUGUCAUGUAUAUAUAAUAUAAUGGAUUUUUUCAACUCAAGUUUCCUUAGCAGUUUGUCUUAUGGGUGAAAAUAGUCUCUGUGAGACCAAAGAUGAUAGGCUAAGGGUAACAACAUUUUCAAGCAAGUAUGGCAACUUUGUUUUCACCAGUGCUUCAUCUUCCACUGUGGAAUGAAAUGGAGAAGUGUAUAGAUAACUGUUCAGGGCAUGGGGAGUGCUACCAAGCAGUUUGUUUUUGUGAGGUCCAAUUUAGUGGAGGCAGCUGCACUGAUCCCAACCUCAGCUAUUAUAUUGCUUUUUCUGCAAUAUUCUACAUAAUUUGUGCGGUGUCUAUAGUUCAGUUGCUAGUUUGUAUUAAGUCGGAAUUUAGCCGAAUGAAGACCUCGUCUCUGGUCAAAGCCUGCAGAGUAACUACUCAGAAGGCCUUGUAUACGUUGAUUUGCAUUGCAACAGCUAUCAGAGGCUUUUACUUUUCCUCCCCGAACAACUCGGCUGUCCAAUGGACAUCUAGUUUGCUGAGUGCUUAUUACCCUCUUCUGCUGACUGGUUCCUCAUUGAUUGUUUGUUUUUGGGCUGAGGUUUUCCAUAUGAGAGAUUUGAGAUUAGACAAGCCACGUUUCCUUAGUAAGUCAUUCCUGGGCUUCAUAGCCUUUAAUGUCAUCACAUACUCCUUGCUGUGUGCUGAGCUUAUUUUGCUGCAGCUGGACAUCCAUGAUGAGUGUGAAAAGAUUUUCUUCACAAGUGUUUUUAAUGGGCUUUUUGCAUUUUUGAUGGUGGUGGUGGUGGUGUUUUUCCUUAUAUAUGGUGUUCAGAUGUACUUUAAAGUGCGUGGGGGGUUUGUGGAUGGGUCUUCUGCUUCACCUGACACAUCACAACUUAGCCAGUCCAGGCUUGGUCUGGUUUCUCAAGCAGUUUUGCUGCUUAUUACUGUUGCAUUUAUUAUAUCUGAUGAGCUAGGAAGUUUCUGGAAAGACAAGGUCCCUGUACUUAGUCGCAACUUCCAUGAUGUGAUGUUCAGGGUUGUAGAAUCAGGAGUAGCUUUGUGGUUUCCUUGUGUGUUGUGGAACUGUGUAAGGCCAGAAGAACUAUGGAUCUUAAACCCACAGAAUAUCUUAAAGAAGUUGGAGUCUCCGAAGAUCAACAGUGAUACACUAGUCUCUUCAAACAGAUCAAGCAUUGUAAAAAUAGAUACAAAAAUUGGAGCUGUGGAAUGCUGGAUCUGUUAUGAUACUGAGAGACAAGAUGCUGGGCCACUUAUCCAACCUUGUGAGUGUAAAGGUGAUGUAGCAGCUGUUCAUCAUGAUUGUUUGAAAAAAUGGCUUGUCGAGUCUUCAGAAAAGUCAAACAACAACAUAUGUAAAGUUUGUAAUACUGAGUACAAGUUAGAGCAAGGGUCAGUGUGGCUGCCUAAAGGACUUACCACUGGACAGUGGCUACAGACAUUUACCAAAGCUUCCUUAAUGGGAAGUUCAAUAGGUGGAGCUUGCGUUAUUGUUAAAACAUACGAUAAUGUGGCUAUACGUACAGCAGCUGUUGGUAGUGCCCUGCUGAUUGUCUUGAUUUGUGUGAGGCUUUUAGGUUUUCACGUACUGACGGCCUAUCAAAGAGCCAAGUUCAUAUCUGUCAACAUCUUGGGAAAGAACUUGAUGGAAAACAGACCUUUGGGCACCCCUGUUGUCAGCCAACAGAAUUCUGAUCAAUAUCCUGGGGCUCAUUUGUCAAACCCUGUCCCUUAAAUUUUUUCCUGGAAUGCAAUCCUGUUGUGAUAAAGGUGAAGUAAGAAAACUAUAUUCUCUCAAGCCUCAGGAGCUUCCAGGCAACCUUUUUCACAUCUAGUCCCUCCAGUAGGGUUCUACCCUGUACCUGGUGGGGUCUUGGCAGCUCCCAGACCCUUUGUUUUUUAGGUACCUCCUAAUAUUAAUAUGGUACAUUCUGACUAAUUUCUAAUUGAAAAUCUUAGUCUAGUCAUUGUUAUAUAAUUCACAUUAAGCACAAUAAUUUUGUGUAAUUGUGUUUUUAAUUCCUUUCUUACGGGGGUUCUCUCAGAAGAGCACAUUUAUUUGGCAUUUAUCAGAUUCAAAAUAACUCUUCAUAGAGAGACAUUCAUUUGUACUUAUUUUACACUUUACUGUUUUUGUAUUUUCAAGGUGUAAAAAUCAUCUUGUAAUUAGUAAUUAAAGAAAUGUAAUAGUAAACUUAAGCAUGACUAUCUUUCUGAUUUAAUUAAGUAGAUAGUGGUACAUAUAGUGAAAAUGUAGUGUAUUGUAUCUCCAUUAAUGCCUGUGUCGUUCGUGAGCUUAAUACUUUUCUUUCAAGUUGUGUUCAGGUGAUUUCUAUGCUCACAUUUAUUUUUAGAUGGAAUAUAAAAGCCAUUUCUAACUGAUGUAAUGCCUUCUUUUUCUCUUUUCUUUUUUUUUUACCUUUUGCAUAUGUGAAACUGUUUUUGUUUGUAAAAAAAACAAUAAAAUGAAGUCAAUAUUAGUAAAGUGACUGUUUAUAGCUUAAGAUCAGAAACUCUGCUGAACAAGUUGUGGUAAUUAACUGCAGUCACAUUGUUUAGAUUUAUUCUAGAGUAGAAAAUUGUUUUAUUUUGUAAGUUAUUUAUAAUUAUUGCCAUAUUUACACAGAAUAUAUGCAAGUUUUUAGUAAUACUUAUGAAUGAAAGUGACACUAGAAAGGUAUGGUUUAUUUUGAAUAAACCUUUGAAUUUCAGAAAUAUGCUACUGAGUUAUAGCUCCAUUUAUUAUCCUUUUAAUUAAGAAACAAACUGUUGACAUGUAUAGCACUUAAUUGAAGUAGAUCAGUAAGACCAUGAAUAGUACAAACUACAAAAACAUAACACAUUCAAUUGGGUUAAUAUUUAUGUUCACGUAUCGGCAGUGUUUAUUCUUGAUAAUCUGAAAGUUUAAAGCUUGUCAACUAUUUGUAUGUUCUUGCCUAUUUUUUCAAAGACUCUCCAGUGUCUGCCAAAAAAAAA